AUGUUCUCAACACAGCUCUCGACGAUGAUCACAGUAGCAGCCCUGAGCGUCACAUCCCUAACCAACGCCGCCCCGACGCCGCAACUCGGCGGACUCUCGAGCUUCAACAACGGCGGCCGCUUCGGUAGCUCGCAACUCGGGGCCAACGGCUACGGGCUGAACGGAUACAACAGCGGCUACAACGGCGGCCUGGCAUCCAACGGCGGCCAAUCGAGCUCGAACUCGUUCCAACAGUCAUCCGGCACAUCCACUCAGUCAUCUGGAGGCGCACUCAACGCCUAUGGCUCCGGAGGCGCUAACGGCUACGGUGCCAACGGCUACGGCAUGAACGGGAUGAACAAUUACGGCUCCGGGUACGGUAGCGGCUUAUCCCUACUCGGCGGUGGAAUAGGUUACGGCGGCGGACUAGGCGGUGGCUAUGGAGGAGGCAUGGGCUAUGGAUUGGCAGGAGGUCUUGGCGGCGGGUAUGGCCUCGGUGGAGGGUACGGAAUGGGUGGAGGCUACGGUGGUGGAUUUGGAGGAGGAUUUGGAGGAGGAUUCGGCGAGGGGUACGGUGGAGGAGGCGGAGGAGGAUUCGGUGGAGGAUUCGGUGGAGGAGGCGGAGGAGGAUUCGGUGGAGGAUUCGGUGGAGGAUUCGGUGGUGGUGGCGGAUUCGGCGGAGGCUACUAA